UCAAGCAACAACAGAACGCAAAAUCCAAAAUGAAAUCGAAGUGGUCUUUUGAAGUCCGCAAAUUGUCAGAUUUUCAAAAUAUGAAGUAAUUUAAUAAUGAUUUACAAGCUGAUUGUGUAGUAUUUACCAGAUGUAAUUGAAUAUAUAUACCGCUGAAGUGUUUUUGAUUGUUACGUGAUUAUUUUUUUUUACAAGCACCGGAGUUGGAGGUUAUGAAAUAAGAAUCGCCCUUUAAAAACAUAUUUAUGUUUAAGCUAUACAACAGAAUUACGUAAACUAUGUCGAGAAUACUGCACAAUCGCAUAAGAUCGUCAUUUACGAAGUCUCCAGUAUGGUCAUGCGUGGACAAGCGAGCCGUCGCGUUCUCGGUGUGGACUGGGCGCAGCUUGCUUCUCCGGAAGCCUGUAGACACCAGUCAUGUUCAGAAGAGAAAGUAUGGGAUGCUGGUGGCCCGGGCGGUUAGAGGACUCCUGAAGAUCAGAUAUCUGGUGCUAGGAGGCGCCGUGGGUGGAGGCAUGACGCUAAACAAGAAAUACAUAGAAUGGAAGGAUGGGCUCCCCGACAUGGGGUGGCUGAAUGAGCUGCUCCCUGACGAGAAGCAAUGGAACCAGUUCACCACAACCCUCCUCAAUGCUAAGGAGAAGAUUGGGGACAACCUCAAUAUUGGUGAGCCCCUGAUGCUUGUCGCAGAUCCGCGGCUCCGCGACGCCGGGCUGGCGCGGGCUGCUGAACUCAAAGAGUGGUUGGCUCAACGGUAUGAAGAUGCUGUGGCUGCUGCCGCUGUCAACAACCAGAACAACUUUGAAACAGCCCCGAAGAUUGUGAACAAUCUGCAGAGCAAGCCUGCUCCGGCGGCGACGGGUGGUAGCAGCCGAGCCAGCGACGAUCGUACUUAUGAAAAACGCGUACAUGCCCUUCAGGAGGAAGUCCUUGCGCUCCAAGCUCGCUACCAACGCGAGCUCCAGAGACUUGAACAAGAGAAUAGAGAGCUGAGACAACAGAAUAUGCUGCUGAGACAGGGCAGGCAGCCUCCCGCAAGGAAGAUCAAGCGGUCUCUCAUCGACAUGUACUCGGCCGUGCUGGACGAGCUGUCGGGCUGGGACGCGGGCGAGACGGACCGCCUGCCGCGCGUCGUGGUGGUGGGCGACCAGUCCGCCGGCAAGACCUCCGUGCUGGAGAUGAUCGCGCAGGCCAGGAUAUUCCCCCGGGGAGCGGGCGAGAUGUGCACGAGAGCCCCAGUGAAGGUGACCCUGUCGGAAGGACCGUACCACGUCGCCCAGUUCAGGGACUCGGCGCGCGAGUUCGACCUCAACAAGGAGUCAGAUCUUGCGGAUCUCAGAAAAGAAGUGGAGCUGCGGAUGCGCAACAGCGUGCGCGGCGGGCGCACGGUGUCGGCGGAGGUGAUCGCCAUGUCCGUGAAGGGGCCCGGCAUCCAGCGCAUGGUGCUGGUCGAUCUGCCGGGGGUUAUUUCAACGCAAACAGUAGAUAUGGCUUCAGAUACGAGGGACGCUAUCAAACAAAUGAGCAAACAGUACAUGGAGAACCCAAACGCUAUCAUAUUGUGUAUACAGGAUGGGUCGGUAGACGCCGAGCGAAGCAACGUGACCGACCUAGUCUCGUCCUGCGACCCGUCGGGCAAGAGGACCAUCUUCGUCCUGACUAAAGUCGAUCUGGCUGAGGAAAACCUCGCUAAUCCGAACAGGAUUCGUCGUAUACUGGAAGGCAAGUUGUUCCCAAUGAAGGCUCUCGGCUACUAUGCCGUGGUGACGGGUCGCAGUCGAAAAGAUGACUCCAUUCAGAGCAUCCGAGAAUAUGAGGAGAGAUUUUUCCGGUCUUCCAAGCUCUUCAAAGACGGUCUGGUUACCCCAUCCCAAGUGACAACCCGCAACCUGUCCCUAGCCGUGGCAGACUGUUUCUGGCGAAUGGUCCGCGCUUCUGUGGAGCAGCAGGCUGAUGCUUUCAAGGCCAUGAGGUUCAACCUUGAGACGGAGUGGAAGAAUACCUUUCCUAGACAACGCGAGCUGGACCGCGACGAGCUGUUCGAGCGCGCUCGCGCCGAGCUGCUCGACCAGUCCGCCGAGCUGUCCGCCGUCCCGGCCGCCGCCUGGGAGAAGCGGCUCACCAGCGCCCUCUGGACCACGGCUUCUGGCAAGGUGUUCAAUGCCAUAUACCUGCCCAGCGCUGCGGCCGCUCAGGAAGACGUUGAUAAAUUCAACACGUCAGUCGACAUAAAACUGCGAGAAUGGGCCGAGGCGGAGCUCCCCAUACAAUCCAUCCAGGCCGGCCUGGAGGCGCUCAGGGAAGAGUUCGAAGAAGUCAUGGCCAAAGGGGGCGAAGGAGAUCCUGUAUUCGACGCACUGAGAAAGGAGGCUGUGGAGCAAGCACUAAUGAGACAUCGGUGGGAGGACCGAGCACAAGAUGUACUUCGAGUUCUCCAACUAAACGCCCUGCAGGACCGUUGCGUGGGCUCCAGAAGCGAUUGGGAUAACGCCGUGGCCCUCAUGGAGCAGGCCCUGCGGGACCAGCUCCAGGCGACGGAUAAGGAACUUACGGCACUCACAGGUCCCGGCUUCAAAGACCGCUGGCUGUACUGGCAGAGCAGCAGCGACGAGCAGAACCGUCGAGCCGAGGUCCGAGCGGAACUCGAGCGGCUCGGCUCGGCGCGACCCACGUUGGCCUACGAUGAGCUGGUCGCCGUGCGGGACAACCUGAGGAGGAGGGGCGUGGAGGUGGACAAUGACUAUAUUAGAGAAACUUGGAAGCCUGUCUACUUGAAAAAUUUCCUUCAACGCGCGCAGACGAGAGCCAGAGAUUGUAAGAAGAGCUUCUACUUGUAUAGUCAACAGAACGGCAACGGCAAGGAAUGCUGCGAGGUGGUGAUGUUCUGGCGCGUGCAGCAGACGCUGCGCACCACGGCCAACGCGCUGCGCCAGCAGCUCGGCAACCGCGAGGCCGCGCGCCUGGACCGCGAGCUGCGGGAGCUGCUCGACGAGAUGGCAGCAGAUCCUGAGCUCAAGAAGAAACUGCUCUCAGGAAGAAGGGUAGAGUUAGCAGAAGAAUUAAAACGCGUCCGGCAAGUCCAAGAGAGACUAGAGGAGUUCAUAGAGGCUCUGAACAAGGAGAAAUAGAUGUAAUAUAAUGUAUAUUGUAGUACACCAGGGCUGCGUUUAGUAGACAGACAUGCAAUAAUAGACGUGCAAACUCGAAAAUCGGUCCGUCGCAAUAGCGUUCCUUUUUUGCCACCUUUUUUUAAUGUGACCUUUUUUGCCCCUGUUGUGUUAUUUCUAGUCAGGAUCGCGAGCGUUUUUCAUCCUUAUAGGAGAAAAAGUGUCUCAAAAUUUCUAUACUUUUUUCAAACUUUCCUUUUUGUUAUCGCCAUUUAAUGGGGAAAUGGUAACACAAUAGGAAGAAAUCUCUGGGACAUUUUUUUAUGUCAUUAGGAUCGAAACAGCUCGUGUUUGUUAGUAGAAAAAUUUAUGAAAAAAUUGAAAAUAAAUGAAAGUGGCAUUUUUAAAGAAACACUCAGCUAUGGCAAGCGACAAAGUGAGACGUUUUGUCGGCCGCGGUCACAUAUUUAUUUCAGUGAUUAUAGCAAAGGCAUGACAAUUUUGACUUAGCACGUCUAUUAUGUUAUAUUGUCUGUGGUCGAGGCAUUAAGUUUGUAUAGGAAAGUCACUAAUAAUAGGGACUGUUUACUGCUAAAUCUCAUCCUGUUGAUUGUAUAUUUUUACCAUUUAAUGAUCUGCGUUACUAAGCGCCACUUGCAGCAUCCUACCCGGGGUUGACCGGUUAAACCGUUAACCCAGUGUCAAAUUGUACUGGGAACUGUGGUAAUUCCAGGUUUAACCAGUUAACCGGGGUUAACCGGUUAAACCGUUAACCCAGUGUCAAAUUGUACUGGGAACUAUGGUAAUUCCAGGUUUAACCGGUUAAACCGGUAAGUGGGAAGGUUCAAGUGGCCCAAAGUGUCAUUCACCCCACGCUAGCGUCUUUUGAGCGUCGGCGUCUAGUCAGCGCUAUGGAAAAUGGCGUCCCUGCGCAGUUGGGCCAACGUUGCGUCGAGCAGCAAACAGAGGUGACUAGACGGCCACGCUCGCAAGACGCUAGUGUAGCUCUAAACAUCUCCUUCGUUGUUGAUUAUAUAUACAAUUUAAUAAAUAUGAGUUUAUCACACAAAGAGUACAGUAUAGUUGUGAUCAGAGGGCAUAACGCCAACAUCGAAAAUCGCUGCCUCUAUGGCUAUUGUAUAUUCGAGUGACAGAGGCAGCUAACUAUUUAGAUUUUUCGAUAUUGGCGUUAUGGCCUCAGAUAUAACGAGCGAACAAAGUGUUCAUAAAUAUCUGGAUACAAAUAUUAUGAAAUAAAAAUAGUGACUGUACAUAUCUAAGGGUAGUAUUCUACCUGUCCAAUUUCUUGGUCCAAUGUAUAGUUGCGUCUCACAUUUUGCUUAAUGGGAGAGUAAGAUGCAAUGCACAUUGGACCAAGAAAUUGGAUACCAAAGGCACCCCAUACUAAGUAUUUUUUUUUACAUUUUCAGCCAUAUUAUUGAUUAAUUUCACAAAGGUCAAACUAUCUCUUACUGUCAUGACAUUAAAGUCCUAAUUUAUUAAAUCAGAACCUUUGUGAUUAUACCUUUUCAAUGAAGUGAGAAUGAGACAAUUCCUCAUUUUUCGCAAUAAUUGUGUCGGUUUCAAGCAAAAGGUCGUCGUGUCGGUGGUCAAUAAAGCAUUUAUUGUAACCGAAAAUGUGAUACCGUUUGCGUCAAAACCUCAGAUAUCAAAGGACUCAUAGGAGUUUACUUAUAAAGGGGCAUUAGGGCCUAAAUGGUCGUUAAUUGUUCCCUGGUUAUUAUGCUACAUGUGUUGUAUCAUUUCUUUAUUUAUAUAACUGCUUGUUCUAAGUUAUCUCUAAUAAAAUGUUACACUAA